GAUCUGUGUGUGUGUGUGUGUGUGUGGCACUCUCUCUCUCUCUCUCACUCUUUUGUAGUCCCGUUUAUUUCGGUCUGUUUUGGAGUGAGUGUGUGUGUGUAUGAAGAGGAGAUGAGCGGUAGGGUUGGAGAUCUGAGCCCGAAGCAGGCCGAGGCUUUGGCGCAUUUUCGGGAAAGGGUCCAAGAUGUCCUGCCACAAUGUCCGUCUCAGAGCGACCACUUCUUACUGCGCUGGCUUCGAGCCAGAAAUUUCAACCUCCAGAAAGCUGAAGCAAUGCUACGUAAGCAUUUAGAAUUCCGGAAACAGAUGAAGGCCGACACUAUCACUACUGAAUGGAAGCCUCCUGAGGUUUUAGAGAAGUACCUCUCAGGAGGAAUGUGUGGCUAUGACAGAGAGGGUAGCCCUGUGUGGUACGACGUUAUCGGGCCGGUGGAUCCCAAAGGUCUCCUUCUGUCUGCCUCUAAGCAGGAUUUCAUGAAAUUAAAAGUACGAGAUUGUGAGAUGCUGCAAAAGGAGUGCACGUCACAGAGCGAACGGUUAGGGAAAAAUGUGGAGUCCAUUACUAUGAUCUAUGAUUGCGAAGGUUUGGGAUUAAAGCACCUAUGGAAGCCUGCUAUAGAGACCUAUGGAGAGGUUUUGACAAUGUUUGAAGACAACUAUCCUGAAGGACUCAAGAGGUUAUUAGUUAUUAAAGCACCCAAACUGUUUCCUGUGGCGUAUAAUCUGGUGAAGCACUUUCUAAGUGAAGAUACUCGCCACAAGAUCAUGGUUCUGGGGUCCAACUGGCAGGAGGUGUUAAGGAAACACAUUGACCCUGAAGAGCUUCCAGCCGCAUAUGGGGGAAACCUGACUGAUCCCGAUGGUGACCCACGCUGCAGGACCAGGAUUAAACAAGGUGGCCUGGUGCCCAAGUCCUACUACGCACGGGAAUUUAUUAAGCAGCAGUACGACCAGUGUGUGUCUAUCAGUCGCGGCUCCUCCCAUCAGCUCGAAUAUGAGAUCCUCGCUCCGGGCUGUGUGCUUAGGUGGCAGUUCUCCUGUGAGGGUGGGGAUAUUGGCUUUGGAGUCUUUACGAAGAAGAAACUGGGUGAAUGGCUAAAGGCAGGUAAUAUGCAGGAAGUCCUGGCCAGUCAGCGCUACAACGCACACCUCGUACCUGAGGACGGAACUCUGACAUGCACUGAUGCUGGAGUGUACGUUCUGCGAUUUGACAACACUUACAGCAUCUUCCAGUCUAAAAAAGUCAGCUUCUCUGUGGAAGUCCUUUUGCCCAGCAGCGACAGCCGAUCAGGGCCCGAGACGAGCAGGACGCCGGGACGGGAUGUCCAGAAUGGUCACUAGGGGGUGAUGUCCUAUCGGCCUGUUUGGAGAGUGUCGAGUGGAGCAAAUCAGUACUUGAAAUUGCCUGUCUUAUAUGCAC